UCCGCUUUCCCACUUUCCUUCCUGGCGCUCCUGCAUGUAUAUAUAGAGAGAGAAAGGGAGAGAAUUUAAUCCCCUCCAAAGUGUAUAUGUUCAAACUGAAGAAGACAUAACCAACAAUCAUCUGAAUUGUGAUUGACUCACUGAUAAUCCCAGGGGAAGAUUAGAGAUCUUUAACAUAAGUUUCCUGCCUUCUGCAGAGAUGCUUAACAUAAAGGCUUGGGCUGAGUAUGUUGUGGAGUGGGCUGCAAAGGACCCAUAUGGCUUCCUCACCACAGUUAUCUUGGCGCUCACGCCACUGUUCCUAGCUAGUGCUGUACUGUCCUGGAAGUUGGCCAAGAUGAUUGAAGCCAGAGAGAAGGAGCAAAAGAAGAAACAAAAACGGCAAGAAAACAUUGCAAAAGCUAAACGACUAAAGAAGGAUUGAAGGGGUGAACAGACUGCAGCUAGAGAAAACCCCUCUGGGAAACUCUGCAGCUUUGGAAGGACUCUCACUAAGCUUCCAGUCACUUCCUGAUAGUAUUAUUUAGUAAAUUAAAUCUGGUGGAAUAGAAGAGUCAUGUUCUGACCUCAAUACUAUAUAGUAACGUUUAGGCUUGGAAAUAAAAGUUUGUUAGUAUCUACUGGCAAGUAUUUAAGUUAGCAUUUAUCAUACAGGUGGAGUGUACCUAAUGUGAAAAUUCAAAGCUCAAAAGCACUGUAAAAUCUAACACCUGUGCUCAGACAUGACGCCAAGAGUGGAAAAGCCCACAGCCCACUUCGUGAUGGGUUGCAGUCAAAAUACAGGUGCGCUAAAAAUACAUAAAGCUAUCUUCAUGCCAUGAGAAAUGCAAGCGGACCUUGUGUUUAGAAUUGGAUCCCAUCCUCAAGGUAUUAUGAAAUACUUUAAAAUCUGAAAAAGAAAAAAUUAAAAACAUUCCAGGUCCCAAGCAGUUUUGUCUGUUCAACCUGUAGUAAAAAUUCUUUAAACUGACACUCAUUUGCCAAUUUUGGAGCUUAAAGUAUGCAAGUGAAAAAUGAUGAGAAAAUGGUUUUAGAUUAUGAAUCCUAUUUAAAUGGUAGUUUAAAUGGGGUUUAGCUCUGGACAGAGGACAUUAGGAAUGUAAAAGAAUUAACCUUCUGAGGUGAAAAGUUUACUUUGGCUUAAAAAAGAUACAGUAUAUUAAUCACUUUUUUCAAAAUCAUUACUGCUUAUUUUUUUGGAAUGGAAGCAUUACUUUCUCAAAGGAAAAUUUUAUUAACGAGUAUGGCUAUUUUCAUUCUUCUGACUUUAGCUCUUCACACAGCUAGUAAUUAUCAAGAUACUGCAUUUUAAAAUCUAACUUUAUAUAGGAUUCUUACUACCCUGACCACGUUCGAUACCACAUAUGGAUAGAACAAUUUUUAUACUUUGAACACUGCCAUUUGCUUAAAUGUGUUGCUACGAGUAUUGUGCUGGAGAGCAGGCAGUGCAAAUGCCUCGUGCUGUGCACACCUUGGGUUUAGCUUUAAAUGUGAAAUUGUUCAAUGUCACCAGAUAAUUAGCUCAUUAUGCAGACCUUACUUUUGUUUUUAUUGUUUAUAACCAAUACAGUAGUGAUGUCCUGUUACUCUUAACAUAGGUUCAAAGUGAACAUCAAAAUUUCAAAUUUAUGAAGUCAUACUUUGUAAUUUAAACCAACAAGGGUUUGAAUUUGGAAACAUGUUCAUGGGUGUAACAGUGGUUGUAGGGACUGCAGUAAAUGGCAGUACAGAGCUGGGGACCGUCCAGUGGUAAUACAUACACGAGACCUUUAAACAUGGCUUUUCUAAAUGCAUGGUCGAGCAACAGUCACUGCAGGAUUAAACUGCUUAUUAAUGUUUUCUGAACCUCUGAUAAUUUUAAGUUACAGUAAUUGUCAGUCUUAAUAAAAAUGAAACUAAAUAUUGAAAUAAAUUUGAUACCUUUUUAUAAAGAG